AUGAUUCUCUUCCUCCUUUGCUUCGUGCCCGUGGGCGCCCUGCGCCCAUUCAGCACCCGCUCCGAGCUCAGGGCAGCCUACGUGAAGUGGGCAGAUGGCAGAAGAGACGAGCUUGCGGCCACGUACGGCGAGAUCGGUCGUUGGAAUGUGUCUGCAGUCACUAGCAUGCGAGGACUCUUUCAAGAUUGUUGGUAUUUCAAAGAGGACAUACGCUCUUGGAAUACCUCCGCAGUGACCGACAUGGGUUACAUGUUCUCGCGCGCGGAGGCAUUCAACCACCCCACCGGCUCCUGGGAUACUUCGGCAGUCACCGACAUGGGCCAUAUGUUCGAUGGCGCGGAGGCAUUCAACCAACCCAUCGGCUCCUGGGAUACUUCGGCAGUGACCGACAUGGGCCAUAUGUUCGAUGGCGCGCUUGCUUUCAACCAACCCAUCGUCUGCUGGGAGACCUCUGCAGUGACCUAUAUGCGUUACAUGUUCAAUUGUGCGAGGUCGUUCAACCAACCCAUCGGCUCCUGGGAUGCUUCGGCAGUGACCGACAUGGGUUUCAUGUUCUAUCUCGCGGAUACAUUCAACCAACCCAUCGGCUCCUGGAAUACUUCGGCAGUGACCGACAUGGGCCAUAUGUUCGAUGGCGCGGAGGAUAUGUGCAAUGUGCUGUUGGCCAAGGACAGAGAGGGUCAGGGGCUCUGCGGGCUGACAGUGAUGAUUUGCUCCAGAUCAAGUGGGGUUCGAACGGCCACGCGAAUUGACUUUAUUUGCCUCAGUCGCAGGCAUGCGGAUGCUCGAAGCAGGCAGACUUUGACCGAGACCAGAGCACCACAUGACAGCCACAGGGAGGGCACCUAUCACAGACCAGUUGUUGCCUCAAUUCCCGGCACUCCGCGUCGACAUGCUCAGGUGAAACCGACUAAGGAGUUUGCCAAAAUGCGUGCAGCACUUCGGCUUGAAGUGCUCCGGCCUCACACUGCCAGCUCAUUUUCAGCGACAACGCUGAGGCAGGCUGUGCGCCAAGCGUCGAACAUGCAAGAGGCUAUCCAGGCUCUGAAUGCUCAAGCCUACACAAUUGCCAAGAACCAGGUCGUAGACUCAGGAGCAGUUGCCAAGUUGAGUCACGACACCCGCUGGCGGUCCUUCGCAGAUCAAAUGUGGGGACACUAUUACAGCAUGAAAAGAGCAAGGGAAGCCACACUUGCAAACAUGUUUCGGACAUGGUACCACGAAACUCGCUUUCAAGCGAUGAGCAAGCUGGCCAGGCAACACGCACAGAGACGAAAAAGGGAGCUCCUUCAAGACUUCUUGGGAGGGGCGCAUGAGGCUUACUUGAGGGAUGAGUACUAUGACAAGCUCUUUCAUGAUGAUUCCUUCAGGCCCGAGCCCAUGCAGGUCGUCACGGGAGUACUCACUGAGAAAGCUCAGAAGGAGAACUCUACCUUUUACCGUCCAUAUCCGGUGUUCGCAUACCUCCCCGACAGGAGUACGGCCGACUGCCUUCUUCAAAUCUUUGGGCACAUCCGCGAGGCGCAGGGCCUUAAAGUUAGCGCCGAGAAGUCGGCUGCUCUCAUUACCAUGUCAGGGGGGGCCAACACCAGGUUGUACUUCGCAUGUGUGUGGCCGAUGGCCACGUACGGAGUACUCGAAGCAGGCAUCACAGCUCAAGGCGCACGCAGCUUGCACGGCAUGACCAUGCGGCAUCUUCGAAUCAUUGCCAGAAGUCCUGUUCACAUUACGCAUGAGGACAACGAACGGUUCAGUCUUGGCAGCACAGAAAGGGCAACCUGCCCCCUGAGGUUUGAUCCUGACAAGUUGGACGAACAGGGAGGUCUGAUCCAUGACAGUGACAUCAUCCAAUUGAUGGAGCAAGCGCAAAUCAUCACGACCGUCUUCACCUCGACCAGCAUCAGCAUCAACAGCAGCAUCGCCAGCAUCAUCGUCUUGUUCGAAUCAAAGACACCGCCGAGCAUGGUUUCUUUCAAGCAGCGCUUGGGAAAGGUGACCUUGGUGCUGAUGACAGGGCUUGUCUGGUUAAUCCCCAUCGAAGAUGUGGAAUCCAAUGACAUCAUCCUUUUUGACGUCUUUGAAAGUGCGGAGACCUUUAUGAUGGCUGAGACCCUACCGGCAGGAACUACGAUCAGUUGGGCAGACGACGAUGAGUCAACCUUGAUGUGGCUCCGAGCUGCGGACAUCUUGCGAGAGCAUGCCCCGGAGGCCUACAAGUGCUGGGUAGGCUUGGGCUUAGACAACUGCGAAGGGGCUCAAAGCAAGGGCCUUCAGAGCAGCCUCCGAGGUUUGGCCGACCAAAAACAUUGCACCACAAUCCUGUGCCAAGAAGCUCGGAAGACUGUUUGGGUAGCUGGCCUGAUGAGCUUCCUUCUUGCAGCCGCGAUCUUGGGGCGGCUGAGCAAAAUGACUUGCCAUGGCCUCUUGUGUCAACCGGCGCCCCCUUUGAAGGCCGCUGCACAGCCAAACGCCCAAGUCAGCAUGCUUCCAAAAGUCGCUGAGGCCCCCACACACCUGGCCCAGUGCCCAGACAAACGUAUCAAAGCAUACAAGGCUUCGCCCAUGCCCUCUGCUACCGGCUCUAGUUGUCUCGAGUUGGUGGGGGAUAUGGCGAUGACGACAUGUCACACGAGGAAUAUCAGGACUCUGUUUCAGAGAGUCCACUUGCUUUCGGGGCUUUCAAGCUUGUCGCCGGCGCAAUGUGUCAUCACUGGCAAGGCAGUCUUUUCGUGGACGGCAUCGGAAGCUUACAUCAGUCUGGCGGGGGAGUUGCUACUCUAG